UACAUAUAUACAAAUAAUUAAAAUUUUUCCAUAAAACACAACAAAAGUGCAAAUUCAUGAGACGCUCGUUUCAGCGUUACACGUAGUCACGUGACUUCGACUUUGACGCUAUAGCGUCAAAAAAAGAAGCUAAAUUUUCUCAGCUUCAACGUCAAAUCCUGUUGUUGUUUUGUUCUGAAAAUUUUAGAUACGAAUGAUACGAUUGACGUUAAAUUUGAUGUUACCGCUUUUCGUGUAACCCAACUAUAAUCACGUAAUGUUGACGCUAAAAAUGAGCGCCAAACGUCAGCAUGAAAAGGCACCUUAACAUUCGCCAGAUAGAAUCCAUUAAAAUAAAUAAGAUUAAAUAGAUAUGAUUGACUUUCAAUUAACUUCAUAAACUGAGCGAAUAAUGAUGCUAUAUAUGACAAAAAUAUUCUUUUCCCAUUUUGGUACAACUCAUUUUAUCAUUUAAAAAUAGUGCUUGAACUACAUCGGUAUUUAACUUUGAAAUCUUGUGCGUGAUGUAAUUUGAUGUUUGCUCCUUAUUUCUAAAACUAAAGUUAAAACUAAAACGUUGUAAUCCUGGAACAACUCCUUUUUGCGUUAUACUAUAAAACCUAUUACUAUCACAAUGGUGGUUAGAAUAAUUUCUAAUGGGUCUCCGUUUCGCAAAAGUUACUACAAACGUGAACGUGAUCGUAACUUUUAUAAAUAAUUUCUAAUAAUCUCUAAUCGGCCUUUGUGUGAGUUUUUGCAAAUUACUGGCGAGAUGAUCAUUAAUUUUUACGAGGCAUUUACGAGAGCUUUCAAGACAUAAAAGCACAUGUUUUUUAUAAAAUAUAUCUAAUCAAUUGCAAGAAGAAUGUAUAUACAAAAAGGCCGAAUCUAAUUUAUAAAUAUUUUUCAAAUGCCCUCGUAAAAGAAGGAAAAUCGUGGAUAGAAAUAAUCUUGAAAUCUGUGCAGAUGCACGUGCUGUUUAAAAAGUUGAAUUUGUUAUAAACGGAAAUAAAAACGUAUCGCGCGCGAGAAGAGUUUUCGAAGAUUCGUUAAAAGUGUGUGUUCCAAAAGAAACUCCACCUAUAUCCUGUCGUAAUCUAUAACUAGAGAUUACCUAUCGCGCGUUAAUGUCGUUAAUUAGAAACUACGUAUGAUGAUUUACAGAUUGGCAGUAUGAGAUAUAAUUAAUGCAUUCUGCAUAAUCACUGUAGUAAUGUAUUUUGUAUUAUCACUAUAAAGAGUAACAGAUCCGAGCCCGAGGAAGGACGCUCACGCUAAUCGAUCGUAACUCUAACUGUGACUUCACUAUAAAAAAGUGCUUCCAAGCUCAACAAUUGUAUCGUCUCUAAUAUAACCAGUGAUAUUACGUAACGAUCAACUAUUUUAAUAAACUGCGACAUCCUUUUUUCACGAGCAAUAUUAUUAGUAUAUUAUUCGGAGGCCAUCCGGAUAUUUCGAGUUACAACAUAUUUCUACACUCGAAUAAUUUGUGAAAACUUCCGAAGUGUUUCCGUAUAAUAAAAAUUAUCACAAAUGCUAAAAAACGCUGCGAAAUAAUGCAGUUAAAAUCUAAGCAAUAUCUAAAUUAGUUUCUUUAUAAUAUUAAUUUUCUCUGUUCUUUCCCUUAAGCCAGUUCAAACGAAUUUCCUACACAAUAAAUAAUAUAAAUGGACAAAUCGUAUAAUUACAAUUAUGCAAUUACAUAACUGUGCUAUGUGCACGUUUAAUUAUAACUGGGCUGAUAAUCAGUGCAAAUAGAUUCGAACGUCGAAAUAAUUCGUUCAAAUAUCGAUGACCUCCGUCCAAUAGUUCCUGUUGACUAUUUUAUGCGCAUUUACGUGAAUAUUACGCUUACAACGCCGUUUAUCAGUGUACGUAAAUCGGGAUGGAGACUAUCUCCGCGCUCGCUAAAACUGUCCCUCGCUUGAGAUGAUUGAGAGAAGGAGAUAGAUAAUGACUAAGUAAUAAUAAUACUCUUCGACAAUAUUUAAGUUUAAAGCCACGCAAUUUUUUUUUACAAUAUCGUACGUAGAUCUAACGUCUUCUAAACCUUAAGAAAUUGACUAGGUUGUCGCUCAGUUAGAUUCCUAGCUAUAGUCCCCCCAUCCCCCUCGUAUAUUUUUUUUUCUCUUCCCACGUGUCUUUUGGGAAUUAUCGCAAUUGAUUCGAUUUGUUACGCAUUUCUUUGUCGCUCGUGGUUCUCGACAGCCGAAAGUCGAUCACAAACGUACCCUCCAAAAUUAAAAAUCAGCGUAUCAACAUAUUAAUCAAGGAUUUGCUUAUUAAAACGUAUUUGCUAAAAUCGAGCCAAUGAUAUGACAUAACUUUAAUGCACGUUUUAAAGUGUAUACAGGGCUGUUAUUCGAAAAUAUAUCAUCAUCCUUGCGAAUUAAGUAUUGACCUUAACUUAGAUUUGCAAUCGAUUAUACCUACAUUUAUUAUACCUCUUCGUAUUAGCUUCGACGCAACUUAAUUGCGUUUCAACCUCUUAGAGUCAUAUUUUGCAAUCAAAAAACAUUUUGCAAGUUCGGCGAUUCUGUUAGAGUUCGUGCGAAAUAUAAAGUUUAAUUCAUUAGAACCAAUAAUCUCAAAUAACUUGUCGUUUCUAUUCCGUUUCUUUUAAAUGAUUUACCUUUAACGUAUGUCCAGUGCUUGAUAUAAUUAAGUUUUACUUCUCUAGGAACAUUUCACAUUUUUAUUUCAAGAAUUUAUUACGUAGUAUACAUCAGUUAGAAGUUAGAAGCAAGUAGAUUUCAGUUAACUCUGCUUCAUGUAAAAUUCUGUUUUUCCAGUUUAUAAUUCAUAGGCAUGUUUCUUUUUAAACAUCAAACAACGCGCGAUCAAUUAUAUUCAAAAUUAAAAUCUGUGUUCAUGAACAUUUCUAGGUAUAUUAGUGCAAUUAUUUUUAUUUUUAUGCUUUUUUAGUAUUUUGUUAGGAAUUUUUGUGCUUUUUUCUUGCUUUCAUAACGAAUUACAAUAACGAAUUGUAAUCAGCAAAAAUUACUGAUCAUUACAGGAAAUCUGCGUAGAGAAAUGUUUUCGCGAAUAUACUUCGUGUCUCAUAAAAGGUAACAAAAAUUUAUAAAAAAUAUACGGCAUCCCGUGUUUGUACAGUUUAUGCGCAUAGAUAUAGUCAUCCGUAUUGCGAUACGGUACAAAAGCAAAGGGAGGUGCCAAUUUGCCACGAUGUUUGCUCGUGUACAAGUAAAUUAAUUUCGAAAUAGUGUGGGGAGGGAAAUAUAGCAAAAGUCUGCUAGAAAAGUUUUCUCGAUAUCUCGGAUCGAUAUCUCAAAACGCGUGCUCGCAGUGUUUUCGAUUUAUGUUGUAACAUUUUACGACGCACAUUGAAUAUCAAUCAACAUGUAUGGCAGAGAUUUAAAGUAUAGGUACUUCCCAAAAAACGUGUUUGAUUAUACAUAUCCCCGUGGCUAGCGCUACAAUGUAUAAAUAUAUACAUCGACAAGACCGUAGGAAGAUGUAUAUAAUAAAUGUGUAUCGCGCCAUCUUCAAAUUGAAGUAAUCAACGCGAUCCCGCUUAUCAGACAAAUCGUCAUUUAACAUCUUGAGAAGUCGCAGAACGGCAUUAAUCGCACCAAUUUAAAAAGAUACGCCACGUUCGUAUAUCCUAAAGAAUAUAAAUCUUCCGUCAACAAUUAUCUCGGCGAGAUUAAUCGCAGUGCAGAUUUUGCACCAUUAUGAUCGCGCGCGUUAAUGUUGCUAGAUUUCUUUUUUUAUUUUAAUUAUAUCCUUCAAUCUUGUGAAGGGGCCAUUAAUGUGAUAGUGCUUACAGAGAUCGAGUGUCCAGCAUAAAAGCAAUCUACUUAAUUUUGUACAUUAAACAAUUUCUGAUAUAAAUUAACGCUCCUGAUAUAGAGUAACGCGUCCUUGAUUGAAGAAACUGUUUGAUGUUAAAAGAAGUUCCUAUAAAUCGAUCGGUUUUUUCCCCUCGUUUUUUACAACUUUCUGUAAGCGUUCGCAGAUUAAUGGUCGACAUUGUAUACACGCCCUCAUUCCAAGUUCGGUCCUAACACUUGAUGGCGAUAAGCUUCUUGUCUUCUGCGAUCACAUCAGACUCGAGGUGUAGCAUCUCUAUAUAAGGCAGUACGAGGAACAGAAGGAUCAUAAAGGGAAUUACGAGAGAGUAUCAAAGGAAAAAAAGAAGAAGAGGAAAAAGGAAAGAAAAACUAUAUAUUCGCCAUCCUUCGCGGAGCCAUUUGAAUCAUGUUUUAUACAUUUUCUUCGUAUCUUCGAAUCCAAGGGAAAUACUUUAUAGCGCUAGAAAUUUCGUAUGAUCAAACAAUUGGAAUAUAAUUGUGAAUUUCAAGACCUUAAAUUGUACAGACCGUCUCAAACACAUUGAACAGUUCAAACUAUUCGAUCCGUUAAAGCUAAUCUCAUCUUAUAAAUCUAAAACGGAACAAACGAAAGUUUUUUUUGUUUGCAACAAUUAUUAUUUUUGUUCAAACGUUUAGCGAUGUUCGAGCUAUUCGAGCAGCCGAAUCUUUAAACUGAUCAACUUCAAACUUGAUCGUUAACUUCAAAUCGUCCGAAGUUUACACUUGAUGGCGAUAGCUUCUUCUUGUCUUCUGCGAUCACAGACUCGAGGUGUAGCAUCUCUAUAUAAGACAAUACGAGGAACAGAAGGAUCAUAAAGGGAAUUACGAGAGAGUAUCAAAGGAAAAAAAGAAGAGGAAAGGACAGAAAAACUAUAUAUUCGCCAUCUUUCGCGGAGCUAUUUGAAUCAUGUUUUAUACAUUUUCUUCGCAUCUUCGAAUCCAAAAGAAAUACUUAAUAGCGCUAGAAAUUUCGUAUAAUCAAACAAUUGGAACAGUGCAAAUUUCAAGAUCUUAAAUUGUACAGACUGUCUCAAACACAUCGAGCAGUUCAAACUAUUCGAUCCGAUUAGAGCUGAUCAUGGAGCUGAUCUCAUCUCAUAGAUCUAAAACGGAACAAACAAAAGUUUAUUUUUUUGUUUGCAAUAAUUAUUAUUUUUGUUCAAAUGUUUAGUGAUAUCCGAGCUCUACUCGAACAGACGAAUCUUCGAAAUAAUCAACCGUCAACUUCAAACUUGAUCGUUAACUUCAAAUCGUCCGAAGCUUAUUCAUUUUGACUUGAUGAGCGUAACUUAUUUGAGUCUCUCGUGCCUGAGUCUUAACAAGAUUUAAUACUUAAGUGUUCUCAGUUUCCGAUGACUUAUCUUCUACGUACAUACGAGACCCUGUGUCCUAAACAGAUCCGAUACGUAACUCAAGAACUUACAGCUGUUCUCGAACCGCAAUAGAAAUCUGCGAUCUUGCUGUUAUUGUUAUUAAGUCGUUGAUUAGUCGUUAUAGAAACGCGUAGGGCGUAGCCUAGCAACACGCGUGUGUCGUUCCUGAUUUCCCGGUGAAAGCCAUCGCGGGCCGCAGCGAAAAGGUUGCUCGUUUCCGUCGCUCAGCGACGAUACUUCCUCUCCGGGAGGUAAGCCGCGCACUUAAUAGUCGCUAAUUCACCCGCGACGAGCACGUGAUCAAAGACGACCGAUCAACGACGAUCCGGCUUGAUGCGAAACAUCAACGGUGGCGGACGAUACUUCCACAAGGAAGCGGACGUGAACAAUGAGGAUCCCGCACACGAUAUCGAGGAACGUUGUAGCCGCAUACAGGUGCUCGCCGGAGACCUCGCUGCUACCGCAGGAGCAAGGUAGGACGCUGCGAGCGGAGGACGCCUCGUGGGACGACGACGGCGUAAUCCCCGAUUUAAAGAUUCUCGCGCUCCGCACGAUAGUCUCGGCCUGGAGGGAUAAUCCUGUUCUAGCGGAUCUACCGACGUGCGCCGACAGAGACGCGCUCCUGGAAACACUGCCGACUGAUCUACCCAUCGAGUUGACGAUACCGAGAAUCGAAGAUGAGUUUUAUUGGGAACGCGCGGCCAAGGCCAGGUGGGAACACAAUGAUCCAGGCGAGCACGGUGGCUCGUGGCGGCGAUUAUAUUGCGAACGCCACUUAGCUGAGUAUCUGGAAACUUUGCAGCCGAACUACUUCGAGCCCCAAAGAGAAUAUGACAAACUGACUCUCUUGAAGAACCAUAUACACGUCAUCAGGUUACGUUCUCUCGUGCCGACCAAAAAGCAGACAAAGCGAGACAACGAGGAGAGCGAUGAAUCAAUCCUAGAGGAAGACGUCGCGCAUCACAUUCCCAUGGCAGUCGUACUCCCACAAUUCCCGCAUCUUACCGAGAUUUACCUCAACUUCGGCAUGAUCUAUAUGAACGACGGUUUCGAGUGGCGGGACUUCGAGUUCUCGCUGGAGGAUUGCUUGAGUCUGGGAGAAGGAAUUAAAGCCAGUCCGAAAUUGAAGAAAUUCAGUUUAACCCGGAGCAACUUGGAUCAACCCCGAGUCGCUGCUAUUCUCCAAGGGAUGGUGUCAAACGAUAACAUCGAGGAGUUAGAUCUGUCGCAUUGCAAGCUGAUGGAUAACGGUGCACACGCCGUGGGCGCAUUUCUGUCGAUGCACCGGAAACUGAGGAUUCUGCAUUUAGCAAACAACAAUAUAGGACCGAACGGAGUUUCCGGUAUCGUUCACGGAUUAAUGAAAGCAAGCUCGACGGCUUUAAAAAAUUUGGAUCUCCGAUUGAAUCCUCUGGAAAAUGAGGGGACUAAUCACAUAUGCGCACUUCUGGUGAGAAUCAAAACUUUGGAAACAUUGAAUAUCAGCGGCUGCGAAUUAGGUCCGGAAGACGGCAUAGCGCUGGCCGAUGUGCUCUCUUCCGGUUGCGUGGAACUCGAAGUCUUAUCUCUCGACGUGUCAAACAAUAAUUUUGGAUUUACCGCUGGAGAGUCAUUCGAGGCGGCCGUGAGCUCAUGCCCGUACAUUAUCCACUUGGAUGGUCGAAUGUGCAAUUUCUCGAAAGAAUCGGAAUGCUCGAUCACCGAGAGCGCGCACAGGAAUAAACAAAACAUGAAAAAAGAGAAGGACAAGACGGCGUUUUUCCAAAGCAGCAAUGUCUAUAAUUCACCCAGCGCCAAGAAUCUGCAACAACAGCCGGAAGUUGGGUCGUCAUUCCCUGCAGAGCCAAAGGAUAUUGUGCAACGUUUCUAGGUAGACAAAUCGAUGCCGAAGAGCAGAAAGAGGAGAAGAUGAAAUCAGUUCUCAAGACUCAACGUACAAGUGGCCCCGUCUAUUAGGAGAAGAUGAGCUCUUCUGGUCAUAGAAAAUUUAAGACACCGUUUAGAUAGCGACGCCACGAUGUCUCCAGAAGAGUGCUUACCAGUCGAGUUUUCAGGUAAUAAAACGAAGACGAUGGUCCAUAUACAGACUCCGAGAAACACCGCCAACUCUCUGAUUCCAAUCAAUAAAUCCACUUUUCGAAGAUCAAUAUAACAUACUUAUUAAGUAAUGAACUCUUUAAACAGUAAAAAUAACAAAAUUUUAAUUUAAAAAUAAACUCUUUAAACAAUAAAA